GUAGCGCCGCUGAUGCGGCAGUGAAUUCCAGCGGCUGCUCAAUGGUCUCUGUUCGAGGGAAACACAGACAGAAAACCCAGUGGACAGAAACGCAGCACAUUCCCAGCGCCGGGGGCGGCUGUGCUGGUGGUGGUGCUGUGCUGGUGGUGGUGCUGUGCUGUGCUGGUGCUGUGCUGUGCUGUACUGUGCUGGUGCUGUGCUGGGUGACUUGACAGAUGGAUACAUCCAGUGGAAGCAGCAAAGCUAAUUCUUGUUCAGCAAAGAACAUGAAUGAACCAUAUACCUUCACUGCAUUGAAGAAACUUGUUGCUGUGCCUGAUCACACAGACGUUAGCCUGUCUCCAGUAGAGCGAGUCCGAGUCCUGACCAAAUUGGGCUGCAACAUAGAGAUUAGUGAAGACAUUACUCCACGUCGCUACUUCAGAUCUGGAGUGGAGAUGAUUCGAAUGGCAUCAGUAUAUAUGAAAGAAGGAAAUCUUGAGAAUGCUUUUGUCCUUUACAAUAAGUUUAUCACUUUGUUUGUGGAGAAAUUGCCCAAGCAUCGGGAUUACCAAUUAUGUGCAAUACCAGAAAAACAGGAUAUUCUAAAAAAAUUAAAAGAAGUGGCAUUUCCAAGAGCAGAUGAAUUAAAGAUACAACUUAUUUCCAAAUACAGUGGAGAGCAUGAAAACUAUUAUAAGAAUCAGAGCAAAUCUAAAGAAGGGUUUUUAGACAACGUGGAGCAAAACCAGGUUCAUGAAGAAAAAGAACGUAUAGCUAAGAUCCGGCAGCAACAACUGCAAGAGGAGCAAUUUCGUUUCUUCGAGGAGCAGCUCAAAAGGCAAGAUGCCGUUAAGGUGCAACAGAAAGAAGUAAAUCUGAGCUUUUCAGAGCAGAGUGAUGGAGGGAUAUUAAACUGCAUUGCUGCAGCUCGGAUAAACAAUGAGCCUUCGACUGUGAUGUCAAGUGCUGCCCAACCAAUGUGUCCUCCAGUGGACAGGUCUCUGAAACCUCGGAAUAAUGCUUCUAGAAAAAGCAUUGUUGGGCUUCGAAAUGUUGUCCUUCCCAAAGAUCUUUGCCAAAGGUUUCUGAUUCAGGCCGAUACCAACACAGUACGAGAAAUAGAAACCUGUGGAAUUCUGAGUGGCAAGCUGACAAAUGAUGAGUUCAUCAUUACCCAUGUGAUAAUACCAAAACAAUCUGGGGGACCGGAUUACUGUGACACUGAGAACGAAGAGGAAUUGUUUACUUUCCAGGAUCAACAUGAUCUCAUCACCUUGGGUUGGAUUCAUACCCAUCCAACUCAGACCGCAUUUCUGUCAAGUGUAGAUCUUCAUACUCAUUGCUCAUAUCAGCUGAUGUUGCCAGAGGCCAUUGCAAUUGUUUGUGCACCGAAACGCAAUGACACUGGAUUUUUCCAACUAUCGUUUGCAGGAAUGCUGGAAGUGUCGUCCUGUAAAAAGAAAGGGUUUCACCCCCACAUGAAGGAUCCACCACUGUACCAUGUACGUACCUAAGGACAAUGUUAUUAGAGAUACAUUUAUGCUUUAACUUGAACAUUUGUGCUGGUUGUUGAAGCUGGUGGGUAACUGAAGUUAUAACGAUGUAACAUUUUCUUUCAGGAGAGGGUGGAAUUGAAUGAAAUAAAU